GGAUGGAGGCGGGCGGCGUGGCCGACUCGCUCCUCUCCGGAGCUUGCGUGGUCUUCACCCUUGGCAUGUUCUCCACCGGCCUGUGAGAGCGCGGCCCGGGUGGGCUGGGGGAGGACCAGGAAGUCAUGAAAGGACAGCGAAUGGACAGAGCCGUGGCCAUACCCCCAGGCUGCAUCGGAACCGGCGGUCAAACUCGGACCUCAGGCACAUGCAGAUGACCCGGAGCGUGGACAGCGUCCAGUUCCUACCCUUUCUCACCACGGAUGUCAACAACCUGGGCUGGCUGAGUUACGGGGUCUUGAAAGGAGACGGGACCCUCAUCAUCGUCAACGCCUUAGGUGCUAUGCUUCAGACCCUGUAUAUCGUGGCCUAUCUGCGCUACUGCCCGCAGAAGCGCGGGGUGCUCCUGCAGACUGCAACCCUGCUGGGCGUCCUUUUCCUGGGCUAUGGCUACUUUUGGCUCCUGAUACCCGAUGUGGAGGCGCGGCUUCAGCAGCUGGGCCUCUUCUGCAGUGUCUUCACCAUCAGCAUGUAUCUCUCACCACUGGCUGACUUGGCCAAGGUCAUUCAAACUAAAUCAACCCAUCGCCUCUCCUUCUCACUCACCAUUGCCACCCUCCUUUCCUCUGCUUCCUGGUCUCUCUAUGGGUUUCGACUCAGCGAUCCCUACAUCACGGUGCCCAACCUUCCAGGAAUCCUUACCAGCUUGAUCCGUCUCUGGCUUUUCUGGAAGUACCCCCCAGAGCACGACAAAAACUAUCGGCUUCUGCAAACCUGAGGCAGCUCAUCUGACCACUGGGCACCUUAAUGCCAACUUGAUACCAAAGAGCUCCUGCUUCAGCUAGCUGGUGACCAGUUCCAUUGGUGCAGUGGGUUGAGGGAAAGACACAACUCUGAGAUUAGAGGGUUCAAUGAAAGCUUCACUCAGAAGAUUGGGUGGGACUUCAGAUGAAAUCACUUAUUUUUUUGAGAUUAUAUUUUUAAUUCUGGAGGUUGGGGGGGUGAUAGCUUUAUGCUGUGCCUUAAAAUAAACUAUUUCCCACCCCUGCCAAUCAGUUUUUC